AUGAAAAGCAACUUCAAGAACAACGAGAAAAGAAGAAAGAAGAGAGUCAAGAUAGUGCACAGCAAAAAGAAAAUCAAGAACGAGAAAGAAGAGAAAGAAGAUUACCAAGAAGAUUUUUGGAUUACAUAUUUCUUUCGUUCGAGGAAGACAAAAGGUUCAGAAAAAGAAAGAUGGUUGGAAGCAAUUGAAGAAGAAAAGAAGUCACUGAAACAUAAUAAAGUAUGGACACUUGUACCGAGAGAAGAAGCCAGAGAAAAAGAAAAAAGAAUUUUAAGUAAUAAAUGGAUUUUUCGAGUAAAAGAUGAUGGUCGUUACAAGGCAAGAAUAGUUGUACGAGGAUGUGAACAAAAAUACGGCUUUGAUUACGAAGAAACCUUCAGUCCAGUAGUUAACAUGAGUUCCUUAAGAUUGGUGCUGGCUUUAGCAGUUCAAAAGAUGAAGGUUAUAGAAAAAUUUGACGUUAAAACAGCUUUUCUAAAUGGAAAUUUAUCAGAAGAUAUAUAUAUGGAAAUACCAGAAAGGUUUAGUAAGAAAUCUGAUAAAAUAUGUAAGUUAAAAAAGGCUUUAUAUGGCUUAAAACAAGCACCUUUAAGAUGGAAUCAGUGUCUUACGGAUGUUCUGAAGUCUAACGGUAUGAAACCUACUAAAGUGGAACCUUGCAUCUUUGUGAACAGAAGCUAUACUGUUAUUUUGGCAUUAUAUGUUGAUGAUGGAAUUGUCAUUGGAACUGAUAGUUCUGAUGUUGAAAAACUAAUUUCGAGUAUAGGUAACAAGUUCAUAAUUACUAGAGAUUUUAAUCCGACAUCUUUUCUAGGCAUACAAUUUAGGUGGAGUAAAAAUCAAGUUAAACUAAAACAGACAGAGUAUGCUAAGACAUUAAUAAUCAAUUUUGGAAUGGAGAAUGCAAAGAUAUCCAAGAUUCCGAUGACUAUGAAUGAGAAAGAUAACAGACCGGAAGAUUUGUCUUCAAAAUUUCCUUAUCGAGAAUGCGUCGGUAGCAUAUUGUAUUUAGCUAGUAAAACUCGUUCGGAUUUGUCGUAUGCUAGUGGUUAUGACGCAGCAGCAAUACUAGCCCCACUCAACGGAUUCCUAACAGGAAAAAAGAAGAAAGACAAACAGGCUAUCAACUGGACAACAGAGUCAGAAGAAGCUUUCCGUGAGAGCAAGAAACGACUUGCAGAAGCAACGUUAUUGGCUCACCCAUUAGAGAACGCCAAGUUAAUAAUUAAAACAGACGCUUCAAACAACGCGAUGGGAGCAGUAUUGGAACAACAGCAAGCCGGAAAUUGGAAACCGCUAGGAUUCUUUUCAAAGAAGUUAUCCGAAACGCAACAAAAAUAUAGUACAUACGACCGAGAACUUUUGGCAAUGUACUCAGCGUUGAAAUUUUUCAGACAUAUGGUCGAAGGACAAGACGUAACUAUCUUGACAGACCAUAAACCAUUACAAUACGCAUUCCAACAACCGCUGGACAAAGCAUCAGAGAGACAAAGGAGACAAUUAAGUUUCAUCAGCGAGAUUACCACAGAGAUCAUAUACGUAGCAGGGAAGGAAAACACAGUGGCGGACACAUUAUCCCGAGUGGAAACAAUUAACAUGCCGAUAGUUGUGACAACAGACGAAUUAUACGAAGAACAACAGAAAGACGAGGAACUGCAAACACUACUUCGAUCCAAGACCGCACUUACCUUGAAGAAGCUUCGUUUAGAUGACGGAGAUAAAGCCAUUUACUGCGACGUUACAGACCAAAUAAGAAAAAUUGAUGCACAAGUAACCAAAGAUGUACCAAUACUUGAUGUACUAGAAAUAUCUGAAGACAUACAAUUUAUACCAUUAUUAUCGGAAGAGCUUACAGUGAACCAGAUUAAGCAUACAGAUUCAGACAUAAUAUCUGCGUCUACAUCGUCUGUUUCGACUUCAAAUCAAGGAAAUAAAAGGAAACGUACAGAACAGACUAUUCAACCCCAGUACAAUCGUCAUUUCGCAGCUUUUAAAGCAUGUGAAGAGUUGACAGUUUUGAACUUUGAAGAACUUCUUAAAAAUUAUUCUAUAAAAAGUGAUGUUGCGCUUCAAAAAUUCCAAAAAGAGGGAAUGCUCACUGAUGCAGAUAGAUCUGCCAUAACUGAAGCUGUAUCUAAUACAAUCUUGAAAUUGAAUAGUUUACCGACAGCUUCGGAAUAUAACAUUGCAGCAAAUAAGAUUUGCGAAUUGUUUCCAUGUGAAACAAAAGAGUCAUAUUACUGUCCGCCAGUAGGCAAACAUAGGAACGCUUUGGGAAAGCUUCCUGAUAAGAUAAAAAAUAUUAAAUAUCAAAUAAAAAAAGCUGCUAAUCCUUCAACUUCUUAUUCCGGAACAAUAUCUUCUUUUGCUCAGAAUGAAAGACAAAUCACGCAUCCUGCAAAGUUAGUAGGCAGUUGUAAUCCGAACAAUCCUGUAAUUAAAACUGCAAUUACUUGCUUGAAGCAUGAUAGUACAGAGUCUUGGCCUGAACUCCUGCGCAAUUGGUCAUUGACACAUCCUUUAAGAUUUAAAUAUCUUAGAGAAACAAGACCUCUAACAUCGCAUUCAGAAUCUUUGGUUCAAGCAUCUGAGGAAGAUUCUGAUGUGUCAGUGAAUGAUUAUUUCAAACUUUGGAAUGUGCUUCAAUUGCCUAAUGCAUAUCUAUUGAUUCAGCAAGAUUUUAGAGAAUUAUAUCCCGGAAGAGAAGAUGGUUUAAUAUCGAAAUGGGAUACAACCAAAAAACCUUUAAUUAAUCUUCUUAAAGCUGAAAUUUCGAAAUCAGAUCAAUACGGCAGAAAAUUACUUACAGAUUGUAUUGCUACAGAUACAAAUAAAAAUGAUGUAAUUCUUUUUCAUUUGUUGCCAUCAUUUUGUUGCAAGAGGACAAGAGGUGCAAGUGUGGGUGUACCAUCUGUUGCAGAAGCCACAAAUGCUUUUAUACUUCAUGUUCGGAUUCCGGGAGACUUAAAUCGUCAAAUUAAUGCGCAGAGAAAGUGGCUGGCAAACAAAGGUCUGAGUUUGCAGCCAAUGUUAAUAUUUGUUGGACAAAAUUUGUCGGAUAUUACUGCGAGUUAUGUUCAAAUUGAUACUGUACGGUAUCAACUUCGCACUCCACUAAAGGCAUUAGACACAUGCUUCAAGGCGUUUCAAGCUUUGGAUGCUGCAUAUCCAGAGGAAUGUCAAGCAGUCUGGUUAUUUAUUCAAAAGUAUUUUUAUAGUUUAUAUCUAGAAGAAGAUGAACAAAUUCCUCGUGUAACAAAUGUUCUCAGUUCUUUAAACGGAUUAGUUUCGAAGAUAAACAGUAGUGCUUAAUAUCUCUCUGCAGUAAACUAAUAGUAUUACUUGUAGUCUUUGAUAUUCUUAUGAUAAAAAUAUAUUUUUAUUUUAAUCUG